CGCCAUUGUCACUUGUCAGAAAGGAACCGCCAGGUCCACAAGCAGCCCCCGCCCGCGACCACCAAUUUCUUCCCGGCGAUGUCCGAAGCGUCGCCUCCUCUCGGACUGUCUCUAGCAGCCCACAGAUUCAGAGCAGAGCACGGAGUGGAGAGAGAGAGGGAGGAAGUUCGAAGCUCCUCGUUUCUAUCUACAGAGAGGAGGUCGCAGUCUUCCUCUCACUCCGUGUGAGAGAGGGAGGGAGGAAACAUGCAGAGCGGAGCCAUAGCGUUCUCCUGCUGCCAACAAUCUAUUUUCAAGAGGACUAGACACGACCUACUGACACUAGGAAACCUCUCCAACUCCGGAAAGUCUUUCCAUCUCAGCAGGGCAAUCUUCUCAAAGCCCCGCACCCUUAACCGUCUUUAUUUGGUUUCUUCUUUCUCUCCGGUCGAACCGGAGAAGAAUGGCGGGAGGAGGAUUGUGCUCGUCAAGGCGGCAUCUGUGCCGGAGAGCGUCGGAGGGGGCUUCCCUUUACCGGCCAAGGAAACAUCUCAGACGCUGGUCCUGGGAUCUCUGUUUGGUCUUUGGUAUCUGUUGAAUAUCUUGUUCAAUAUCUACAACAAACAGGUCCUGAAGGUUUAUCCUUUUCCAAUAACAAUGACAAGUUUUCAAUUAGCCGUUGGAUGUUUGCUUAUUCUGUUCAUGUGGAUAACCGGUCUAUAUAGGAGACCGAAGAUUAAUUCAUCACAGCUCAUGACAAUUUUACCUUUGGCAAUGAUACACACAUUGGGAAAUUUGUUUACCAAUCUGAGUCUUGGAAAAGUUGCUGUUUCCUUCACACACACAGUCAAAGCUCUGGAGCCAUUUUUCACUGUUGUUCUUUCUGCAAUGUUUCUUGGAGAGUUUCCGGCACUCGCUGUAGUUGCUUCCCUUGUACCAAUAGUAGGUGGAGUGGCAUUGGCAUCAAUGACUGAAGUCUCUUUCAACUGGGCUGGAUUUUGGAGCGCUAUGGCAUCUAACCUGGCAAACCAAUCUCGUAAUGUAUUAAGCAAGAAGCUUAUGGCGAACAAAGAGGAAUGUCUUGACAACAUAAACCUCUUCUCAAUCAUAACAAUCAUGUCAUUUUUCUUUAUGAUCCCGGUUACAAUAUUUACCGAGGGCAUUAAGUUUACUCCGGCUUAUCUGCAGUCAUCUGGUUUGAAUGUUCAAGAGGUAUGCAUAAGGUCCCUCCUGGCCGCUUUCUGUUUCCAUACUUAUCAGCAGAUUUCGUAUAUGAUACUGGAAAUGGUCUCCCCUGUAACUCAUUCUGUUGGCAAUUGUGUGAAGCGGGUUGUGGUUAUUGUUUCAACAGUGCUCUUCUUUAGAACCCCCGUCUCUCCAAUGAAUUCUCUUGGAACUGGAGUCGCAUUGGCUGGAGUCUUCUUGUAUUCCCGUUUGAAACGUUUAAAGCCAAAGCCGGAAGCCAAGGCUGCUUGAGUUUUCUGCCCGUUUUAGUUACCGGCAUUCUAAGAUUGUCUUCUGAAGCCAAAGAAAGGGGCCGCGCUAUCUCAAGAAGCACAGGAACGUUAACGUUCCCUCUUGUAUUUUAUGGGCAGUGCUGGCUGCCAGUUGCAUCUCGCCCAAAUUUUCCACGAACCAGUGCUUCAAUUCCUUCUAGAGAUGUUUCCUUUCCAAAUCUUUUGUCUUGUAAUAUGUUUGUUCUUGGAUUCUUCAGCUAAAUCAGGGGUUUCUUUUGCAAAA